CACCCGAUCUCGUCUACCUGAUUCUAAGCCCAAAAACUUGUGAUUGUUCAUGCAGGGUGACCGCUACCGAGAUGACCAUCGUCGAGAUGACCGCCGUCGUGAUGAAGACAGAAGAAGAGAUGAUCGUGAAUAUCACUCUAGUUCUCGCAGUUCGAAGAGAUCUCGUUCGGAUUCCCGAGAUGAUUCUCGGAGGAAACGCCGGUCCAGCUCCGGUGAUUAUGAUAUCGAAGCCGAACGUCGCCGGAUAGCUGAAUCUAACGCGAGGAUUGAACGUCAACAACGUAAAGACCGAGAACGAGAAGAAGAAAGCAAACGUCGAAAGGAAGCUGAGAGUCGUAAACAGCGUAAAGUAAGUUCUAAACCCAAAUCUAAACCUGAGUCUAAGUCUAAAAAGAAAAGCGUUACCGAGCCCGAUUCGAAAUCUCAAUCCAAAAAGAAAAGUAAAGCGCCUAAGUCUAAACCUGAUUCAAGUACAAGUACGAACACCGCCCCUCCACCCCCGAUUAAUCCGCCUGUGCAAAACGAACCAGCGAAGAAAAAGAAAAAGAAGAAGAAGAAAUCAUCUGAUAAAACUUCCGAAGCAAAUACAGCAUCCCAACAACCGUCGAACCGCUCGUUAAAUAUAGAAACGAUUAGCAACCUGACUGAACCGAGCGUCUCAGCGCAGCAACCUGAACCGACUAGUCAACCUGCACCGACUCAUCAACCUGAAUACGUUGAAGUUACUCCCGAAUUACGUUCGAUAAUUAACGUUCCCGACAAUGCUACGAAUCUGGAAAAGGAAGACCUACUUGGACGUUUGACUAGCCUGAGUGUUUUAGGACAACAAGCUGCAACGAUGCUGAAUAACCUGAAACAAAAAGCUGAACCCGAAUCUAUUCCUGAACCCCGAAUUUUGAAGAAAAGAGCUCCGACUCCGAAACCAUCCGUUAGCGACGCUAGUGAUAAUGAAGUCAGCGGAAACGAGAAGAAUGAAAAAUCAAACUCAGAAGAGAGUUCGGAUAGCUCAGAAGAUGAAGACGGCGAAGAUAAAGACGACAGUUCGGAUUCAGACUCUGAUUCUGAUUCAGAUUCUGAUUCGAGCUCUGACGACGAAAGCGAUAAUGACAAGGGAGGGAGCGGAGCGGGUGGAACUAGCAACCACUCCUCCCCUUCUGACUCACCUCCUGAACCGCCGAAACAGAAAGAAACGACGAAGGAGAAAUCGAAGGAAAAGAAGAAGAAAACUAAAUCCAAGAAGAAGAAGAAAAAUCAAUCGUUUAACCCGAAUAUGUUUCGAAGCCAGCAUGAGUCACGAACGAUUCUUACCAAAACUACCCGAAUUGAUACUUGGUAUAAGAUGCUGGAAAUGGAUGCGAAGAUCUAUCAGAUCGAUAUACACAAACGGAAAACUGAAAAGAAAGCUGCUAAGAUCGAAGAAGAACAGCUGAUGAACCUCGUAUUGCACAGGCUGGACCCCCACUACCUACCCCGAGUAACUUGUAUCUCUCCAGUUGAGAAAGUAAUUGAAAAAUUGUUUGAGAUAAGGCGAACCGAACGCAACGUGAGUCGUUCAUCGGUAAAGUCUGAGUUCAACAAACUCACUCUCGUAAGAGGUGAAAAGUUGGACGAUUUCUUCAACCGAUUGGACGAGUUAUUACUCGAUUAUAAAAUGCAAACCAAAUCCGAAAUACCCGAAUCCGAUGUCUACGAUCGUUUAGUUGAGGCAACUGAAAAUAUUUACCCGAACGUUAAGACAAUUCUAAAAGCCCGAGGCUCAAAUCAACCUUCCAUACCUGACCUGAAAAUUCUAUUGUUACAGGAAGAAUCCGAGAAGUACCGGAAGCCGGAAGAGGCGAACUUGGCGUAUUACCGAAACCCGAAUCCCCGACCGCCUCCACCACCGAACGCUGCUCACGUAUCCCGACCGCCGCCGCAUAAUUGUUACAAUUGCAGCAGUCCGCACCAUUAUGUUUGGGAGUGCCCAGAGUGGGACAAAGGCCCGAGAUGCUUUAAAUGCGGAGAGUUGGGACACCGUAGCAAGGACUGCCCUAACGAAUACAGGGAUUAUCGAUCAGGUAAACAACACCGAAGUAACCGUAGACCCUUCCGUCCCCGAAAUCCAAAAUUCCGCCCGAGAAAUAACUACCGAGAUCGUCGCCCGAACCAGUAUUCGAGGAACAAUAGAAACUAUCGUAAUGAUAGGGGCUAUAAUUCCAAGAAAAACUGGCAGACGGACAGACGAAAGCCACCAAAGUCAAAUUGGAGGAAAAAGGGAAAAGGCUAUCAAGGAAAUAAAGACCCGAAGAAACCAAUCCCGAAGAAAGAGCCGAAAACCGUAACUGAAAGUAUGAUCUCAGCUGAACGGAUGGUUGGCUUGAAGAAAAAGCGCGACGCUAUGCCCGACUACCCGAAUAAUAAUCAAUCGUCACAUCAUCGUGAUCAGUAUUACGACGAAAAUUCCCGACAUCACGACGAUCAUUCCAGGCAUCGAAACCGCGACUACGAUUCUGAUAAUCGACAUUCCCGAUUUUCACCCGACAGACGCGAUCACCGCCGCGAAGACCGCCGAUCACCGAACCGCAACCCUGAUAACGUAAAAGUCACUCAUCAGCGAGCACCUACUACGGAAGUGACACCACCUGAACAAGCGUUACAAGCUCUGAACCUGAAUAAACCAGAACCGAUGGAGACCAGUGCAAGCGAUCCAUAUAUGGAUUUUCUCCUGAAGUGA